AUGCGCGGUGAACUUUGUAUCGGGUUCGCCUCUUUUUUAUCUUUUGCUGCUAUGGUUCUCUUGAUUUUUACGCAUAUUGGCCAAAUCAACACUUCUACUGUGCCUCGAGGGAUUUACAUGGCUAGAAUGAAUGUGUCGCAAUAUGGAAAUGCUUUGAACAAAGCCCUUUUCGAUCCCAUCGAUGACUUAUACAUUUCCAAUUCAUCCGCUCCGUUACUCGAAGCUCAAGGACUCCGACAAUUCUAUAAUUUUGGACUCUAUUCGCAUUGUGGAUAUGUCAAUGAUUCUGCUGGAAUCUGUUCCAACGAGACUGUUGGGUACCCGUACAAGCCGUACGACUACUUUGUCGGCGACAUGGUUGCGAAUUACUCAAUCAUCACCUCCUCCGUCAUAACUGGCGGAUCUUUUCGUGACUCGAACUAUUUGGGGCAGUCAACAAAGGCAGCUUAUUGGCUCAUCCUAUUGGGAACUAUACUCGCUGCAGUAUCCUUUCUCAGUGGUGUAGCCAAACAUAAUCUUACUUUUUUCCUCUCUGCGGUGUUCUCAGCCAUCAGCAGUUUGUUUGUCCUCGUUGGAGCCGUGGUAUGGACUGUUAUCAUCAAGAAGUCUGACGGCGUCAGCACCAUUAUCAUAGGGACAGAUCCCACGCCCAUUGGCAUCUACAUCACCGCAGGUCCUGGUUUAUUCCUCACCUGGGCCGCCUUUGCUUGCCUUUUCGUUUCGAUGAUUCCCUACUUGAUAAGUUGCUGUACAUACCGAGGAUGA